GAGAAAAAGCCUCGGUUAAGUCGUUUGGACAGGACUAUUCCUGAAGAAGUGACGUUUGAACACAAAUUGGGAGUGUGAGAAAGGAGCCGGUCAUGCGCGGAUUUGGGGAAAGAGCACCCAGACAGUGGGAUAGGAACGAAGUUAGUUUUUAAGAACUCAAAGGUGGCCAUUGUGGCCGGUGAGUGAAAAAGCUGGCAGGAGAGAUUGGCGGUAGACAGAUAACGCUGGAGUCAUCCCAGAUACCCCUUUCACAGAAAGCCGCCUUUCUUCUACCAACCUGCACACCCAAUGUCUACUUUUUCAUUCUCAGCAUUUCAGGCCGUCAUUUGCACAUCAACAAUACAUUGCUUACAUUCUGCUAACAUUGAAGCAAAUAAGCAACAUGUAAGGUGUCAGAAAUGCUUGGAAUUUGGACAUUGGACUUACGAAUGCACAGGAAAAAGAAAAUACCUACAUAGGCCUUCAAGAACAGCAGAACUAAAGAAAGCUUUAAAAGAAAAAGAAAACAGAUUAUUACAACAAAGCCUUGAAGAAGCUAAUGUAGAAAGAAAGGCCAAGAAAAAAAGGUCUAAGAGCGUAACCAGUUCCAGUAGCAGCAGCAGUGACAGUUCAGCCAGUGAUUCUUCAUCAGAGAGUGAAGAAACAUCUACCUCGUCCUCCUCUUCCUCCGAAGACAGCGACACUGAUGAAAGCUCCUCUGGGUCCUCGUCUUCAGCCUCCUCCACAAGCUCGUCCUCGUCAUCGGAUUCAGACUCGGAUUCCAGCUCUUCCAGCAGCAGUGCCACCAGCACCGAGAGCAGCUCCGAAGAGGAACCCCCGAAGAAGAAGAAAAUGAAGUAGAAUCUCUGUACCCGUAUUGGACUGAUGGACAGAAAACUUUCCUCCGAUUCUCAAAAGGGAAUUUAGGAUAUGUCGAAGCCAAAUAGGUUAACUGGCCAAAAUUUUGAGAGCUCAAAAGUUUCUAAAUGUUUUACAUUGUAAAAGCAUAAAAGUAUUAAUAAAUGGAUUAUAUAUAUAUAUAUAUAUAUAUACACACACACACACACUUUUUUAUUUUAAGGGUGAAUCUUUUCUUUUUUAUCUUUAAAAUAUAUCUCUAACCUUUAAUCAAAAGCUGAAAUCCAGUAAAUCUGUUUUUUGUGAUAAAGCUUUUCUCCCUGUGAAAUAAAUGCUGUACUUUGUUAUGUUAGUGUUAUGUAUGAAACAUAUUUUUAGGAUAAUGCAUCAGAUUAUCUGGCAGAGAAUUCCUAAUGCUUUCGUCUGUAUGUUGUUACGUCAGGUUUAAUACAUUGUUAUAUAAGCUUAGGAGUUUUCCUACUGUUAAUAAAUGUGCUCUAUUUUUA